UGCGCCUGCGCACGGACGAACACGUGGCUGCCGCGGAGCCAGAGCAGCAAUGGCGGCGGGUGGCGGCGGUAGCUGCGACCCCCUGGCGCCGGCGGGGAUCCCCUGCGCCUUCUCCCCCGUCAGCCAGGCCUACUUCGCUCUAGCCUCCAGCGAUGGUCACUUGCGGGUGUGGGAGACAGCCAGCAACCGGCUGCACCAGGAGUACGUGCCUUCCGCGCACCUCAGCGGUACCUGCACCUGCCUGGCCUGGGCGCCAGCGCGGCUGCAGGCCAAGGAAAGUCAUCAAAGGAAAAAAAGGAAAUCAGAGGCUGUAGGAACGUGUGACCAGGUCGACUUGUUGGCCCUUGGUACAGCAGUUGGUAGCAUUUUAUUAUAUAGUACAGUAAAAGGAGAAUUACACAGUAAAUUAAUAAGUGGUGGACAUGAAAACAGAGUCAAUUGCAUACAGUGGCAUCAAGACAAUGGUUGCAUAUAUAGUUGUUCAGAUGAUAAGCAUAUUGUGGAGUGGAGUACACAGACAUGCAAAGUGAAGUGCAAGUGGAAAGGAGACAAUAGCAGCGUCAGUUCCCUGUGUAUCAGCCCCGAUGGAAAGAUGUUACUUUCAGCUGGUCGAACAAUCAAGCUAUGGGUUUUGGAGACCAAAGAAGUCUACAGACACUUCACAGGACAUGCGACACCAGUUUCAUCACUUAUGUUCACUACUGUCAGACCUCCUAAUGAGAGCCAGCCCUUUGAUGGAGUUACAGGUCUCUAUUUCUUAUCUGGAGCUGUACACGACCGGUUACUUAAUGUCUGGCAGGUCCGGUCAGAAAACAAAGAAAAGAGUGCAGUGAUGUCUUUUACAGUUACAGAUGAGCCUAUCUAUGUUGACUUGACUUUGUCAGAAAACAAAGAGCCUGUCAAGUUAGCUGUUGUUUGCAGAGAUGGUCAGGUCCAUCUUUUUGAGCAUAUAUUAAAUGGACACUGCAAAAAACCUUUGACUUCAAACUGCACAAUUCAGAUUGCAACCCCAGGGAAAGGCAAGAAAUCACCACCAAAACCCAUUCCUAUUCUAGCAGCUGGUUUUUGCUCAGACAAAAUGUCAUUAUUGCUUGUAUAUGGCAGUUGGUUUCAGCCUACCAUUGAACGAGUGGCUUUAAACUCCAAAGAGACUCAUAUUUGUUUAGAAAGAGAUAUUUCAAAUUGCUGGACUCCUAAAGUAGAAACUGCUGUAACAAAGGUGAGAACACCAGUGAUAAAUUCUGAAGCAAAAGUUCUGGUGCCUGGGAUUCCUGGACAUCACGCACCCAUCAAGCCUCCACCCCCACAGCCCAAGGAGGUGGAGAACAAGAGGAAAUUAGGGGGUAAUGAGGCUACCAUUGAAGAGCGCCUGGGAGCCAUGGAUAUAGAUAAAAAAGAAAGAAAGGACGACUUUCUACAGACAAAUAGCUUUCCAGUUCUUCUUACACAGGGCUUAGAAAGUAAUGAUUUUGAAAUGCUAAAUAAAGUACUUCAAACUAGGAAUUUAAACCUAAUAAAGAAGACUGUGUUAAGAAUGCCUUUGCAUGCUGUUAUCCCAUUGCUGCAAGAGCUUACGAAGAGGUUGCAAGGACAUCCUAAUAGUGCUGUUUUAAUGGUUCAGUGGCUGAAAUGUGUGUUGACAGUUCACGCGUCAUACCUAUCCACGUUGCCUGACCUGGUACACCAGCUGGGGACACUCUACCAGCUAAUGGAAAGCAGAGUCAAAACUUUCCAGAAACUCUCACACCUUCAUGGAAAACUAAUUCUUCUAAUCACACAAGUUACAGCAUCAGAGAAAACGAAAAAAAUGCCUCCCCCUGGACAGAAGGCAAAGUUGGUGUAUGAAGAAGAAUCUUCUGAAGAAGAAUCUGAUGAUGAGAUUGCAGAGAAGGACUCUGAUGAUAAUUGGGAUGAAGAUGAAGAGGAGAAAGACAGUGAAAAAGAUGAGGGGGUUGAUGAACACAAUGAGGAGGAAGAUGAGGAUGCUGAAGACAAAGAAGAAAAUGGAGAGGACAGAGAUGUGUCAAGUGAAAAGGAAUUAAACGGAGAUUCUGACUUAGAACCUGAAAAUGAGAGUGAAGAGGAAUGAAGACAGAAACCAGCCAAACUGUGAACUCUGGCUCACCUUGCCCAAUGCUGCCGAGUCCUCCCAGGGAGGGCUGUCCUGUGCCAGGAGACCAGAAGCCUCCGCUUCCAAGUUCACAGCGGCAAUUCCCACACCUUCCUGCCCUGAGUGCCCCAGACUUUAACUGUGUAAAUAAGAGUGUUUCAUUCAGAUGUUAAUAAACUUUACACAGUAAAUAGACACAUUUUCUGUAAUGUAUUGACAUGAGUGUCCAAUAUCUGGUCUAUUUUUGUAUGAUGCUCUAGUGUGACUGGUUGUAUCAGAACCUGACUUAGGUGAAGACAUGCUCGUGGGCUUCAGGAACUGGCUGCUUGUGAAGGAGCCCGCUCUCACCUCAGGUUGGUAUUUCAUCUAGUCCAGAUGCCACUUGACACUAGUGAGUAGUUUUUAAUCUGGCACACCUAAUUUGAUACAGUUUCAUAAAAUAUGAAGAAAUAACUAAAAGCUAGAGUAAAAAUGGUUGAUUCAAAGAAAAAAACAAUCCCCAGUAUCCCUACUUUGUCUAUGAACUGUGGUUAUCUGACUUGAGUCAGACUGAGUAUUUGGAGCACUUCCCCAAAAUAACCACUUAUUUUUUAAACUGUCUUGUGAAAUAUUUUUUUAAACAAAAAAUAAUGGUAAUUAAACAAAGAUUUAGCCAUAUUAAGGAUUUUUCUUGUCUGCACAUUGCCUGUAAAGAAUCAUCAGUGUAUAGCUUAGGAGAGCUCAACCUAUAACUUUUUAAAAACUCCAGUCACAGCUGCUUUUGAAGAGGUUUCCAUUUUUAUUUAAAUUACUAAUGGAUCAAAGAACAUUGGUUUAUUUUUUCUCUUUGGUUUUAGAUAUUAAUGAUAACCUUAUUGGAAUUUUUUUCCAAAGAAACUAUUUUUAUAAUUCAGUAAUUUAAUGCUUUCCUUCCUUUUCAUUACCCACUCUUGGCAGUGCUAGGGUAUCUGUUUAUCUUUAAAAUAAUAAAUCUUACUCAAGAUUUUUUAUGUAUGUAUAAAGUAUUUUGGUGCACUACACAAGCUUUUUCAAAUUACUAGUAAUUUGUCUGUUUUUAAAGAAUGAGCUAGUACUUGCUUAGUGUUCACUAUAGGACAUAGAUGGAAGCUCACCUGUACAGAAGGGCUGGGCAGGUGCAUUUCUUUUCCCACCUAUGAAUGUGUAGAACAAAACCAUUAUCUCUGAGGGACUUAACAUCAGAGGCAGAGCAGGGUUCUGUGCUCACCUGAUAGAGCUGGAACCAGGGGAACAUCUUGGGGAAGCAGUUUGAGCUAGCUGCUGGUGCGAUGUACAGUUGUUAAUUGUCUAUAAAUGGAGCUGUUUAUGGCAAUUUAAUACCAUUCUCUUUGUAAAGUGAAUAAAUACUCAUCUUUACCCAG